UCCAAAUGCUCUCCAUACAAUGUCACUCUCGGCUCUCACUUCAUAUACCGUGAUAUCCCGCCGUUCUACAUUAUGCCAUACUUUCCAAUGAACACAGAGGCCUUUGUGGUUUCAUGCCAACAUCCCAGCGCCGACCACGACAAUGAGACCUCAUCAGACCCGCCUAUACAUCCUCCCGCAUCUAUUCACGUCAAAAACCGCCGGAAGAGAUACCUGGAAUUACACCCAGAGUAUUUCUCUUCCGGCCUCGAGCUAGCUGACCCUCUACUUUACGAUCGCUUGAUCCGACGUUUCCAAACGGCGAGCGAACGAGAAGAAGAGGGCCGUGCAAAGGGCUACUCAGGCGAGCUGGAAGCUGAUCUUAUGAGAGCAGAACUGAAAAUGGAGGCUCUGGCGCAUCCUGAUCCAAACACAACGUUUACUUACGCUCGUGGGCCGCACGGAGAAAUUCUGGCUGAAGAGGAGGACGAGAUCCCCGCAACUCGAGAAGAGGGAAAAGAGAGGUGGAGAUCAGAGAUGGAAUUGAGAUUUCUGAGAGGAGCAGACCAAGAUUUUGAUUACGCUACUGUCGACGAGUGCGACGACUACGAUGACCAAAGUGAGGAGCAGGAGAAGUACUUCGAUGAAGAAGAGCCGGAGUGGUUGGUCGAAACGGAUGAAAACGGCAAUCCAAGACUGCAAGGAGAGACUGGUGUUCAAGACUUCUGAAUGCUUCGAUUCAACUGCCAACGAGUUAUAUACCCGCUGGUUCCAGCCGUCUCAUUUGGGCCGAAGUGUGGAUAUUGAGCAUCUGCACACUUGAAAAGCUGUAUUUGGCUUUCGGUUAGUGACCAUCUCGCCAUUGAGAAAUAAUUCUGAGUUGUUAGGCACCUCAGAAGGGUGUGAUCCCGUUUGGGCGUUUGCAAUACGCUGUAGAGUGAUUGAUCGAACACCUAG